CUGUGGCACGCGUCAUACAAUACAAAUGGCGGAUGUUGUAUGUGUAUAGCGCCAAGUACUUCGAAAAAAAAUUGAUAUAAAUCUAAACAAUAAAACUAAUCCAAAUAUUCCCUUACGGGAAAUUAAAAGAAGAACAUUGUGAGUACUGAUAGAAAUCACAAUGGCAUCUGACGAAGAGAUGGAAGAAUCUUUUGCCGCAGAAGAAGAUGCUGGUGAUGAAGGUUCAGGCAAUCAAGUUGAAAAUGAGCCAGAAUCUGAAGAUGGAGCACCUAAAGAAGUGGAAGAAGAUGAUGACUAUGAACCAGAUGACAGUCGUAAACGUAAAAAAGGAAAGAAACGAAAAGCAAGAAGUGAUGAUAAGAAGGGUAAAAAAAAGAAGAAAAAGAAGAAAAAUGAUAGUGGUGAUGAGAGUGAUUUUGGUGCAGAAGAAGAGAACGGUGGUGAUUCAGAUUAUGGAUCGAGUAGGAAGAGCAGAAAGUCUAGGGGAUCCACUAAGCAUUCUGCACCUCCAACACCUGUUCAAGAGAGUAAUGCUGCAGCAGGAGGAAUGCCUACCAUUGAUGAAGUUUGUUCAACUUUCGGACUAACUGAUGUUAAUUUAGAAUAUUCUGAAACUGAUUUCCAGAAUUUUACUACAUAUAAGCUUUUUCAACAACAUGUUAGACCUUUACUUGCUAAGGAAAAUCCAAAAGUUCCUAUGUCAAAACUCAUGAUGUUAGUUGCGGCAAAAUGGAGAGAAUUUUCGAAUAUCAAUCCACAUUUACAGCAAGAACAGGCUUCUGCAAGUACUUCAGAACCUGAGUACACCAAAACUACAAGACCAAGAACCUCAACCGUUAAGAUGGACGAAUAUGAUGACGAGGACGAAGAAGACGAUGACGAGGAUAGUAAAAAGAGAAAAAGAAGCUCUAGGGGAAGGAAGACUGGAAAGAAGGCUUCCAAAGUUCCCACCCUGAAGAUAAAGCUUGGUAAAAGGAAGAGAGGAAGUUCUGAUGAAGAAGGAGAUGGCAGUAAUGCAGGAUCUGAUAGAGAUUCCGACGCAGAAUUCGAGCAGAUGCUUCAAGAUAACAAUGAUAAAGAGGAUAAAAAGGUACAAGAACAAUCAAAAGAAGAAGAAGGCAGUGAAGCUCAAGAAGAUGCACCGCCACAGCCUAAGAAAAAGGCAAAAACCAAAUUUGGUAGCAAAAGUAAAAGGAGGAGGCGAACCGCCAAGAAGGAAGAAGAACCUUACGAACAUCAAGAUUACUGCGAGGUUUGUCAGCAGGGUGGCGAAAUAAUUCUUUGCGACACCUGCCCUAGAGCUUAUCAUUUGGUUUGUCUCGAACCCGAACUCGAAGAGGCUCCCGAGGGCAAAUGGAGUUGUCCCCAUUGCGAGAACGAAGGUCCUGCCGAUCAGGACGACGACGAGCAUCAGGAAUUCUGCAGAAUCUGCAAAGACGGCGGUGAACUUCUUUGUUGCGAUUCUUGUCCCUCCGCUUAUCACACCCAUUGUCUCAAUCCGCCUCUGACCGAAGUCCCCGACGGUGACUGGAAGUGUCCCAGGUGCGGAUGUCCGCCAUUGAAGGGAAAGGUGGCGAAAUUGCUAACUUGGAGAUGGGUGGAAGAAAAGCCCAAAGAGGGAGACGAAAAGGGCAGGGUGACUAGACGACGAGAAUUCUUCGUCAAGUGGCACGAGAGAUCGUAUUGGCACUGCGAUUGGAUAACCGAGAUCCAGCUGGACGUGUAUCAUCCUCUCAUGUUCAGGAUGUACACCAGAAAAUACGACAUGGAAGAACCUCCAAAACUGGAGGAACCGAUCGACGACAACGAUCUCCGCGCCAAGAGAUUCCUCUCGAUGGGAGGCUCCAAAGACGAGGACUUGGAGGAGAGGUUCUACCGGUACGGUGUGAAACCGGAAUGGCUGGUGGUCCAUCGGGUUAUCAACCACAGGACGAUGAGAGACGGACGCACCCUCUAUCUCGUGAAAUGGAGGGAGUUACCCUAUGAUCAAGCUACGUGGGAGGAGGAAUCCGACGAGAUCCCCGGAUUGAAGUUGGCCAUCGAGUAUUACAUGGACCUACGAGCUGCGUAUACCGGUGCGAAGAAGAAGAAAGGUAGAAAGGGAAAAACACGCGAACUUAUGGACGACGAGGAAAAGACUGUCAGACGCUACACCCCUCCACCGGAAAAGCCAACUACGGAUCUCAAGAAGAAGUACGACAAACAGCCUCCCUAUCUGGACGAAAUCGGCAUGCAGCUCCAUCCGUACCAAUUGGAAGGUCUGAAUUGGUUGAGGUAUUCUUGGGGCCAGGGCAUAGACACCAUAUUGGCCGACGAGAUGGGUCUGGGAAAGACCAUCCAGACCAUCACCUUCCUGUAUUCCUUGUACAAGGAGGGACACUGCAAGGGUCCCUUCCUGGUCUCGGUACCGCUCUCCACCAUCAUCAAUUGGGAGAGAGAAUUCGAACUGUGGGCCCCGGAUUUCUACGUGAUAACCUACGUGGGCGACAAGGACUGCAGGGCGGUCAUCCGCGAGAACGAGUUGAGUUUCGAGGAGGGGGCCUGCAAAGGAGGCCGUCCUUCCAAAAUACGAGCUUCCUCCGUCAAGUUCAACGUGCUGUUGACCAGUUACGAGCUGGUUUCUAUCGACGCGGCCUGCCUGGGGUCCAUAGAGUGGGCGGUGCUUGUGGUAGACGAAGCCCACAGACUGAAAAGCAACCAAUCGAAAUUCUUCAGACUGUUGAACGGAUACAACAUCGCCUACAAACUCCUACUGACCGGUACUCCCCUCCAAAACAACCUAGAAGAACUGUUCCACCUGUUGAACUUCUUGAACAGCCAGAAAUUCAACGAACUGGCCACCUUCCAAAACGAAUUCGCCGACAUCUCGAAAGAGGAUCAGGUGAAGAAGUUGCACGAGAUGUUGGGACCGCAUAUGUUGCGUCGUUUGAAGGCCGACGUGCUGAAAAAUAUGCCUUCCAAGUCCGAAUUCAUCGUGCGUGUAGAACUGUCCCCGAUGCAGAAGAAAUACUACAAAUACAUCCUGACCAGAAACUUCGAAGCUUUGAAUCCGAAGGGCGGCGGACAAUCGGUAUCUUUGCUCAAUAUUAUGAUGGAUCUCAAGAAAUGUUGUAAUCAUCCGUACUUGUUCCCGGCAGCUUCCGAAGAGGCCCCUGUUGGACCCCACGGAAACUACGAAGUCACGAGUUUGACCAAAGCUUCCGGAAAGCUGGUUCUACUUUCCAAAAUGUUGAAAAUCCUCCGGGAUCAAGGACAUCGAGUACUUAUUUUCUCGCAGAUGACGAAGAUGUUGGAUAUUCUUGAAGAUUACCUAGAAGGCGAAGGCUAUAAAUACGAAAGGAUCGAUGGAGCUAUCACCGGAUCGGCGAGGCAAGAAGCUAUAGAUAGGUUCAACGCCCCCGGAGCACCUCAGUUUGUUUUCUUGCUCUCGACAAGAGCGGGAGGUUUGGGAAUCAAUCUUGCAACAGCGGACACUGUAAUUAUUUACGAUUCCGAUUGGAACCCUCACAACGAUAUACAAGCCUUCUCCAGAGCCCAUCGUAUAGGCCAGGCGAACAAAGUUAUGAUUUAUAGAUUCGUAACGAGAAAUAGUGUCGAAGAAAGAGUUACACAGGUAGCUAAGAGAAAAAUGAUGUUGACCCAUCUGGUUGUGAGACCCGGAAUGGGAGGAAAAGGCUCAAAUUUCACAAAACAAGAGUUAGAUGACAUCCUGAGGUUCGGAACUGAAGAACUAUUCAAAGAAGACGAAGGAAAAGAGGAUGAAGCAAUUCAUUACGACGAUAAAGCUGUAAUGGAGUUAUUAGACAGAUCGAAGCAAGGUAUCGAACAGAAAGAAAAUUGGGCCAACGAAUAUCUUAGCUCUUUCAAAGUAGCUAGUUAUGUCACUAAAGAAGGAGAUAACGAAGAAGAAGUUGACACUGAAAUCAUAAAACAAGAAGCCGAAAACACCGAUCCUGCUUACUGGAUAAAGCUUUUACGACACCACUACGAGCAACAACAAGAAGAUAUCGCCAGGACACUUGGUAAAGGAAAGAGAGUUAGGAAGCAAGUAAAUUACAACGACGGUGGUAUGACAACCGACACUCGUGAAGACAGCACUUGGCAAGAAAAUCUGUCCGACUAUAAUUCAGAUUUCUCUGCAGGAUCAGACGAAGAUAAGGAAGACGAUGACUUCGAUGAGAAGAAUGAUGGUACGGAUCUCAGCCGUAGAAGUCGCAGAAGAAUGGAAAGGAAGGAAGAAAAAGAUAGGCCACUGCCGCCAUUGCUGGCUAGAGUUGGAGGAAAUAUUGAAGUGCUUGGUUUCAACGCUAGACAGAGAAAAGCAUUCUUGAAUGCUAUAAUGAGGUACGGCAUGCCUCCUCAAGAUGCGUUCAAUUCCCAAUGGUUAGUGAGGGAUCUCAGAGGAAAGUCUGAGAAAAAUUUCAGAGCUUACGUUUCCUUAUUCAUGCGACAUCUAUGUGAGCCCGGCGCAGACAACGCUGAAACAUUUGCCGAUGGUGUUCCACGAGAAGGUCUGAGUAGACAACAUGUUUUGACAAGAAUCGGCGUAAUGUCUUUGAUCAGAAAGAAAGUGCAGGAAUUUGAGCACAUAAACGGAGAGUAUAGUAUGCCUGAAGUGAUCAAGAAAUCUAUUUUAGAUCAGAACAAGAAAGAAGCACAAGAUGACACAAAGAGCACUACAACUAGUACAAGUGCCACACCGGCAACUAGUGCUGCUCCUAGUCCAGCACCAACUCAAGUCGAGAAUGUUGAAAAAGAAAAGGAGAAAGAAGAGGGCGAUAAAGAUAAAGAAGUGAAAGUUGAAAAAGACGAUGAUAAAGAAAAGGAUAAAGACAAUGAGAAAGAAAAAGUGGAUGAAGUUAAGUCGACUACAGAACAAGAAGGAGAAAAACUUGAAAUUCCUCAAGAGAAAAUGGAAAUUGACGACGAUGACAAAGUGAAGAAAGAAUCAGAGGAAAACAAAGAAGAAGUAGAUAAAGAAAAAGAAGUUAAACAAGAUGAAGAAAAGUCUGUUAAAAGCGAAAGUGAAUCGGAGAAAAAACCAGAAGUUAAAAGUGAAAAAGAAGAAGUUAUUACUAUCGACGAAGAAAAGAAAGAUAAGAGGGCCGAAGACGCAGAGGAAGCAAAGAAACGUUUCAUGUUCAAUAUAGCAGAUGGUGGAUUCACAGAAUUGCACACUCUGUGGCUGAACGAAGAGAAGGCUGCCACUCCUGGAAGGGAGUACGAAAUUUGGCAUCGUCGGCACGACUACUGGCUACUGGCCGGUAUAGUUACCCAUGGUUAUGGAAGGUGGCAAGAUAUACAAGCUGAUAUAAGAUUUUCGAUCAUCAACGAGCCUUUCAAAAUGGACGUUGGCAAGGGUAAUUUUCUGGAAAUAAAGAACAAGUUUCUUGCAAGAAGGUUCAAGCUUCUUGAACAAGCACUCGUUAUCGAAGAGCAAUUGCGAAGAGCUGCAUAUUUGAACCUUGCGCAAGAUCCAAAUCAUCCAGCCAUGUCUCUCAAUGCAAGAUUUGCAGAGGUUGAAUGUUUGGCAGAAUCUCAUCAACAUUUAAGCAAAGAAUCGUUGGCCGGCAAUAAACCAGCUAACGCCGUACUGCAUAAGGUGCUCAAUCAGUUGGAGGAGCUUUUGUCAGACAUGAAGUCUGAUGUUUCAAGACUGCCAGCUACGCUUGCACGGAUACCUCCGGUUGCUCAGAGAUUACAGAUGUCGGAACGCAGCAUUUUGUCUAGGCUUGCUGCUACUGCUUCAUCUAAUACUCAGCCAGCAGCUCAAGUGAUGAGCCAAUAUCCAGCAGGCUUUAGCGCUACGAACCUUCCGGGCUUUGCAGCAGCUGCUGCCAACUUUGCCAAUUUCAGGCCACAGUAUUCGGUACCUGGUCAACCACCUACAGGAUUUCCCUCUUAAAUGAUGCAUCAGUGAUGUCGUGGACUGGACCUCAUUUUUUUCCGAAGACACAUAAUUCCAUGUUUAUAUUUUUGAAAGUAGAAUUUCAUAGUGUUAUGUAAGGAUCUUAUUUAUUUAGAAUGUAAAGUGUCUUGUGGUGAAAUUUUCUUGGCGUAACGCUGAGUUCGAUUGACUCUUUUGAUGUAGAUAAAAGUUUUAAUUUCUAAAAUCCCUUUAUUUAAAUACAGGCUUUAAAUUUC